AUGAUUUAAUCAACAGAAUUACUCUUAUGUCUAACUAUUAUGUUAAGUUCAACAAUGUUCUGUAAUUAUUACCCUAUGGAUGCUAAGGCUUGUAUUUCAAAGACUGAUGGGAUUUAGUGUAUAUAUAAUUUGUAAUGAUAAGGUUAUUUUAAUGAAUUUGAGAAUGCCUGUCUACCAACAAGAGAGACUAGCCAUGGAUGUAUAAAUACAUUGAAUAAAUUAUCAUGUUUGAAUCAACUUACAUAAAAUGAUGGUACUGAAGCUACAUGUAUUUAUAUAUAUAUAUUUGAUAGGCAUAUUCACAAAUAGGUGUUUAAAAGCAAAAAAGUAACAUUUCAAAAAUCUUGGUUGUGCAUUAAAUUAUUCAUAAUAUGCUUGUAUGAAUGCAUAAAAGAGUGAUUGUAUUUGGAAUGAUAAAUGUGAAUAAUUUUAAGAUUAGAUAUCUUAAGAAGAUGAAUGCUCAAAAGUAUUCAAAAAUAGAUCUGUAACACCAUCUUUGUGUUAGAAGAUUCAGAAUAUAAGAUGUAUGAGUAAUGGUUUUUAUGGUUAAUAUAAAUGUAUUUAAGUAACAGAAUAAAUGCUUAUGAGUAUGGAAUGUUCAUAAUUAGGAUUAAAUGAAUAAGGAUGUAUUGAAAUUAUAACUAUAGAUUAAGCAUGUAUAUUUAUAUAAAUUAUAUAGGUAUAUUUGAGAACAAUUAAUGUAAAUAGAUUGAAAAUGCUUAAAAUUGUAAUUUAAAACUGAAUAGAUUAGGAUGUUUAACAAUUAUGAAUCCUAAUAUAAAAUGUUAAUGGAAAAACAAUAAAUGUUUAGAUAUGACUGAAAUCACUUUAUAAUGUGAUUAAAUUUAUGAUGUCAAUCCUAGUGUUUGCUAAAGUUUUAAAGGAAUUUGUUAAUAUGAUAAUAUCAAAAAAAAAUGUAGACUACCAACAAAUACUGAAUUAUAAAAUCUUAAAUGCAAUACUGAUGGAUUAACUAAAUAAGCAUGUCUUCAAAUUAAGAAUCAAUAUUGUACAUUCUUUAGAGGAAUAUGUGAAGAACUUAGUUAAAUUGAUUUAUAGUAAUUUUAAUGUAAGAUGGAAUUGAAUGAAGAUGCUUGUAUUAAUAUUACAACACAAUUUUAAUAUUGUUAAUGGGAUGGAUUAGAAUGCAAAAGAAUUUCAGUAAAUUAAUAGACUGAUUGUCCACUUUUAAUUAAUAAUCAUAUCACCAAAUUUAAUGGUAAUGUUUGUUAAUCUAUAACAAAACCAAAUGUAUAAUGUAAAUAUAAUGCUGAAAGACAUUUGUGUGAAAUAAGUAAUUAAUUAGAUUCUUGUAAUACACCAUAUCUAAAUUUAUAAGGAUGUUUGAAUUUGAUGUAAAUUGGAAUUACUUGCUAAUGGUCCAAUGAGAAAUGUGUUAAUAUAAAGAUUAUAAAUAAUAAAACAACUUGUAAUAGUCUUAAGUUUGUAAAUCCAAUAGCAUGUUCUCAAGUAUUUGAAUCUAAUAGUUUGGGUUGUUAUUUUGAUUCUACCUUAAUGUAAUGUAAGAGCAUUAAUAUACAGAAUUCAAACAAUGAAGAAAAACAGUUUUUAUAAAAUACUGAUUGUUCUAAUCCAUUAUUUGGUUUAAAUAAAGUUGCAUGUGCUUCAAUUAUGAAACCUGGAUAGAUAUGUAGAUGGACUUAAAAUCAAUGUAUUUAAAUUAAGUCUAAAGAAUAAAUAUCUUAAGUUUAAUGUAUUUCACUUUAGUAUGUAAAUUAAUAAGUUUGUGCCUUAGUUGAAUUUAUGAAAGAACCUUGUAGAUAUUCUCAAUAAGAAUUAGGAUGUGUUAAUUCUAUAGUUAAUGGAAUGUAAUGUGAAGAAAUAGGAUUAAAUACUUAUGCAUGUGCUAUUGCCUCUAAAAAUUGUUAUUUUGAUACAGAAGCUAAUUAAUGUAAAAGAUUAAAUGAUACAUAAAAAUCAUUGUUAUCAAUCAUUAAAUGUGAUUAAAAUUCUCCUACAAUUGGAUUAUGUUAAGCUAUUACUACUUAUAAUCAAUUAUGUACUUGGUCUUAUAGAGCUAACAAAUGUUAAAGUAUAGAUGUACCAUAUAAUUCAAAAUGUUUAGAUUUUUCUGGUAAAAAUGUAAUAGUAAAUAAAAAUGUAUGUGCAUCAAUAGAGCAUGAAUUUCCUGAGUAUGAUUAUACAAAGGGGGAAAUUAAUAAAUAAGAUUUAAAUAGAGGAUUGUGUAAAUUUAAUAUAAAAAAAGGAGUAUGUGAAAAAUUGAAUUAAUUUUGUACAACUCCAUGUUGCACUGAAAAUGAUAAAAUUGGAAUCAAUGCACAUUCUUGUAGUAGAUAUUCAAAUCCAUCUUUCUUUUGUUAUUUUAGUCAUAAUUUAAGAUGUACUCAAUUAACAAACAAAUAAAUAAGUGUUAUAAAUGAUGAAACAGCUGCAGCCUAUUAUAAUUAUAAUAAAUUUAAGUGUUCAUAAAUGACAGUUAAAUCUUGCAGUCGAAUAAAUUGGUCAACUAAAUAAAGAUGUUAUUACAAUGGAAGACUUUGUUUGAAUGUUAAUUUUAAUAAUUAUUUAUAAUUUGAUUAGUUUCUUAUUGCCAAUGCUGUAAAUGAAUAUGCCUGUUUAGCAAUAGAAGCAAUAAUAAAUGAAAAUAAUAAUAAGAAAUAUUUUUAAUAUGAUAAAUCUAUUAGAAAAUGUAAUUCAGUUACUCCUAAUUAUAGUAAUAGUUGUUAAAUACCUGGAAAUAGAAAUAUAUGUUUGGCAUUUACUAAAGAAAAGUAUUGUAAAUGGAAUGUUCUCACUUUGAAAUGUGAAGACAUGACUGAUGAUGAAUUUGAUUAAAUCAUAAGCUGUAAUUCUAAUUAAAAUUUCAAAGCUUGUAUAGAAAAUAAUAAUCUAGCUUGUCAAUUCUUUGAAAAAUCUGAUAGUUGUAUAGAUACUUAUCCAAAUGAAGAUUGUCUAUUAUAUGAUGGAACUUUAGGUAAAGUGAGUAAAAAAGUAUGUACUUAAAUAAUAAAGGAUGGUCAAAUGUGUAAAUUUUAAGAUAAUAAAUGUAUUUAAUUUAAUGAUUCUAUUACAAAUGAAUGUGAAUAUGAUGGAAUUAAUUCUUUAGCAUGUUAUAAUUUAACUACUUUAGAAUGUAGAUGGGAUGUAACCACUUAAACAUGUUAUCAAAAUUAUUCAAAGAUUGAUGAUUUAAGAUGUGAAGAUAAUUUAAAUAAAAUAUUAUGCAUUAAAGUAACCAAAGAACCUUGUGUUUGGGAUAAUCAAAGAUUUAAAUGUCUAAAAUUAAUUUAGACCUCUUAAAUAUUCUUUUCUUCAUUAAAUUAAAAUAAUUAAUAUAAUGAAUUAACUUGUCAUCUUAUUUAAAAUUCAUAUGAAUAUUAAAUACCAAAAUGUGUAUUAAUUACAGAAAAAAACAACAAUUGUAGUAAAUAAUAUAUUAAUAAAUAUGCUUGUCUCUAAAAUACUUAAGGAUAUCAUUGUUAUUAUGAUCCAAAUGAAAUCAACUUGAAUCUAAGAUGCAAACAAUUUAUAGGUGAAUAAACAUAAUGUACAACAACUACUCUUAUAAAUAUAUAAAUCUGCAUGGAAAUACCAAAAUCAUGUUAUUUUGAUAGUGUUAAAUAAAUAUGUACACCUGUUGAUAUUGAUGAAUAAGUACUAUGUUCAGAUUUAAUGAAUGAUUAGACACGUAAUUAUAAUUAUUUAUCAUGUGCAUCAAUAUCUGAGAAUUUAACUUAAACUUAUGGACCUAAUUAAUGUUAUGAAAAUACAAAUUAAGUAUAAACAUGCAACUAUGAAAAAUAUUGUUUUUGGAAUUCUAUUACUUAUAAUUGUUCAAUUAAAUAACUACACUCAUUGAAAUGGGUACCAAAAUAAGAAGGUUGUUCUUCUGAUGAUCCAGAUUGCAAAGACAAAUGUUCUGGAAAUAUUAAAGAAUAUGUUAAUGAAUGCUCAUAUAGAUAUUCAAAAGCAUUGUGUUUAGAAAUGAAUAAAAAAUAGUGUUUUUUUGAUAUUAAUUAAGGUGGAUGUAAUGAGAUUCAAAACAAUGAAAUCUAUAUAGGAGAUUGUGAUAAUCUCUAUCAAUAUACUGAAGAUGAUACUACAUUUAAUAAUUGUAAUAAAUCAAUGAAUUAAAAUGCUAUUUGUGUUUCUGAAUUAGUAUAAGAUAGCCCAUAAGGUUGUUAAAGUUUCAAAAGAACAAUAUUUAAAUGUGUUUAAUUAUAGAUUUCUAAUGAUAAUACUUGUGAUACUUCUACAAGUUCUCCAUCUCCUGGAUUAUGUUCGAUUGCUUCCACAUUUUGUAGAUUUGAUAAAGUAAACUAGAAAUGUACAAGUAAUUAAUCAUGUGAUUGUGAUGGAUCUUUUAGUUAAUCUAUGUGUGAGAGUUGUAAUUGCAAUUUUGAAUAGCUUGGAUAUUGUCAAAGUAAAGAUAUUAUGAUAAAUGCACCUAAAAUAAUUACAAUAGAAAUUACAAUUGAAAAUAUAUCUUAAAUUGAAAUAAAAACCAAUAAAUACUAUUUAUGUAAUUAAGUAAAUUUAUUAAAAACAUCUUAACCUGAAAUACUAUGUAGUAAUGUUGAAUAAUCCUGUAUGUACAAUGAUACUUGUAUUGAUGUUACUGGAUAUUAGUGCAAUGAUUUAAUGAAUAAUCUAGUUUCAUCUAAAGCAUGUACUUAAUGUAAAGGAGAUAAAAUGUAUUAUGAUUCAGAUCAUUUUUGUAAAAUUCUCAAUCCUUAGAAUACUCCAAAUUUAGAUUCAUUAAAUCAGGCAUCAUGUGUAUCAUCUCAUUUUGAUAAACCUUUAUAAUGGGAUCAAUCAAAAUGUAAAGAAGUAAAUGAUUUUAUUACUUUAUCUGAUUGUUCAUUAUACAAUCCUAAGGCUUGUAAAGAUAUAUAAUAAUGUUGGAUUCAUCCAGAAACUAAUUUAUGUACUAUAUUUAAUGAGAAUAUUGGAAAUUGUGAAUAACAAUAUACAUAAGAAUAUUGUCUACUCUCUAAUAAGGAGAUGUGUUAUUGGAAUCAAGAUGAUAAAGUAUGUAGAAAAGCUUAAGAAAAAUAAAGUAAUUAUGUUUGUGAAGAUGCAAAUAAAUUUGGAUGUUUAAAUCUUGAAAAUUAAUUAUGUGUUUGGUCAAAUACAUAAAAAUGUUAAUCAAUUAAAUAAAUAGAUUUAUCAGUUUAAAGUUGUACUGAUUUUUUAACAUAAAAAUAUGAUUUUUAUAAUGGUUCAAUAUGUACUCUCUUAGUAGUACCUCUAGAUGUAAAAGAUAAAAGUUGUUUCAGAGAUUCAAAUUAUUAAUGUAGAUCUUCUAUUAUAACUGAUAAAUUAUAAUGUGACACAUCAGGUUUAAAUGAAUAUAGUUGUAUCAAUUCAACAAUAGGAAAAUGUAAAUUCUCAAAUUCAAUAUGUUCAUCUGAAAACAGUUAGAUUCUUGAUUGUGAAUAAGAUGAUAUAUUACUUAAUUUAAAUAGUUGUAUAAAUUAAAAAAAGACCUGCAAAUUUGAAGCAGGUAAAUGUUAAACUUAUGAAGUCAAUAGAUUGGAAGAUAUUGAGAUUGAUAAUAUAUUGUAUUCAAUUUCUGUUUGUUCUUAAUUAGAUUCAAUACCAACAACUCCAAGUUUUAUAUACAAUUCAAAGACUAAAAGAUGUAUAAAUAUUCAGAAUAGAUCACCAUAUAUAAAUGAUUGUAAUCUGUUAGGUAUGA